UUUUUCAUUUGAGGAAAAAUCAGCAAGGAUUGUUGACGACUUUUAUUUGAUCGUUGUAAUCAUUAUUUCGUUGUAUUCUUUUCAAUUACUGAUAUUUAGCGACUGCUAAUCGAGCAAUUGCUGGUUAAUUCCGUCAAGAAGAAAAGAAAGCAAUCCCAAGAUUUUCACAAUGGGUGACUCCCAGGAUCAGAACGAACCCCCGAAGGACCCAAAGGAGUUGGAAAAACUAGAAGAAGCUAAGCUAAAGGCAAAGUUCCCAAAUGCCAUGUUGGGACGUGGACCCGGGGGGCACUCGGCAUUCUUACAAAAAAGACUUGCUAAAGGACAAAAGUUCUUCGACUCCGGCGACUACCAGAUGGCAAAGCAACGGCCAGGGAACCUAGCAGCGCCCUUCAAGGCCCCAGCCGCGCCCGCCAAGCAGCCGACGGGCGACGCCAUCCCCACACCAGACACCGUGCCCGUCCGCAAGACCUCCAUCAUCCAGCCCAAGUUCCAGCAAUCCAGCCAGACCUCCUAGCCCGCCAUUAAGUGACAGGAUUUUGUCUGUUAGCCUGGUCAGACUUUCAGGGAUGUUUUGAGCAAUUUCUUGUUUACAGACAUUUGAUCUUCAUUCUAGUUCUCUGAUUUGACAGGCUUGGAACUAUAAAUUAAGUGUCAAGAUUGACUUUUAAUCAACAGGCAAUUUCUUGGUAUUCAGUGUUUUGAACCGGUUUUGAGCAUUCUCUGUUAGUCUGGACGGGCUCUAAUAGUUAUCAAAAGUGUUUCUUAACACAGAUUUCUUUUAAAUCCUAAUAAUAAUCUUGUCCAACCAGAAUUUGGAAACACUCUUGAUAAUACACAAUAGGAUGUUAACAAUUUAUAUUUGCUUUUCUAGAUGUAGGAUAAAUGAAUGGUGACUGCACUAUAUUCAAUUAUUGCCAACCCUGCAAGCGUAAGAGAGAUAUUUUUGUCACGCUAUUAUUCUACUUUACUUUUUGCUAUGGCUAAUGCAUUGAAUUUUCGUAUAAGCACCAUUUUUACCAGGGUCUGAUUAUCCGGGCCCCAGCCCAGCAGCUGUCUUUGGACCCCAAAGACAGCCUUAGGUCCCAACCUAAGGCUGUCUUUGGGGUCCAACCCUAUCGGACCCUAAUUUUGUGUUACCGUGAAACAUCACUUAAAUUAAGAAUGAAGGUUGCCAGAGCUGGAGUUCAAACAACAAAACUAUUGCUGAUGGCCGGGGAUUGACUGAACUAGACAUGCUUCUAGUUUAGUUCUCUCCAAUAAUGUAGCAAUGUGUUUUUAGCUGGGUAACUGAUAGAGCCAGCGCCUAAAUGUGACAAUUCAUAAAUAAACUUAAUAAAUUAAGGGUUUGUCAGUACAAACUUCAUCUGGAUUUACUUGGUAUGAAAUUGUCAUUUUAAAAUGGUGUCUAAACUUGCAGUUUCCCCUGCUCCUGAAUACUUUAAAGAUUACUAUUAGAACAAAUUAAAGUAUUUUUAAAAUAAUUUAAUUUGUGUUAUUUCAAGUAGAUACUACUAUAUAAAUUGUGACCUGGGAGGCCGAGGCACCUGCCGCGAUAGCAGAGGACGUUGCUGGUUCGAUUCCAGGCCUUGGUCACUUUCUUAGGAUAGGUUUUUUGGUUUAUACUUUAAAGAUAUUUAGAGGGUUGAAUUUGAGAGCAUUUCAAGCAUGUUGUUAGCUCUAAGGAUUACCCAGCUUUGGAGGGACGCCACUAUUUCACUAAGCACUGAUUGUUGAUAAAUAACCAUGUGAUUAAUGUUCGGUCGUAAUUAGGGAUGUAUGUUGAAAUUUAAAUCUUAUAAGAACAAGCGUUAUAUUUUUAUGUAUAAAAUUUAGGCAUAGUAUGUCCUUGAGAAUAAUAGAACAUAAAGAUUGAAAUCAAACCAUCCGCAACUGCUUCAUAAAUUGCAACUACAGGAUGUUUUCUUAAUGUUUCUAAUAAGGUCUUAGUAAUGCUAACACAAAUUAACGUUAAAAAAACAUCCUGAAACUUGGGCCGAUUUUUAACUUGUUGCCUUUUUGUUUCUCAGAUUUCGGUAGUUUUGGUAGUAGGUAUUGCUCCCUAUUCUGUACAAUAUAAGCGCAAUUUCACUCUAUCUCCUUCAAAAUCUCCCUCGAGUUACGAAAACGUAUGGUAUUUUCGUGGAUCAACGGAGAACUGCAUAAUUUUUUUAGGACACUGUGAUCCUCCCAGAAUAAGGAACUCUUCAAACUGACUAAAUUUUAUCGAAAUCUGACGAAAAAAAACUGCAAUAAAAAAAAAAUAUAAUAAAAGUGUUUGCAAGGAAAUGCUGAUAGUAACAAGUAUUUCACUAGUUGUUAUUCUUAAGGAAAUUCACGUCAUCUAAGUACUUGCCAUCUGCAUGUUAUAUAAACACAUGAAUGUACAUACAUAGCCAUAGCGUAGCUCGGCCUUGCUGUCAUGUAAUCAUAACUGUACGUAAUACCAUUCAAUAAUGUUCACAUAUCACGUGAUAUGAAUUGAAUGCCCAGGGGUUAGGCUGCCUUUCCACAGAGGCGGAGAUGAGAGGAAACGCGCGAGAAUCUACUAAUAGCAUUGGUUGUAAUUAAUCCAGGGUAGCGGAGAAGACUAUUGAUAUAUAAGAGAAGAGAAUGAUAUUGAUUGAUUCUCCUGUUUCUUCUCAUUUCAGCCUCAAUGGAAAGGAGCCUUAGUACAUAAUGCCAUGUGUAUGAAUGUGAUAUGGACUAGUAUGAUCUGUUCAAUAGUUUAGGGUUCGAGUAGACUAAUUUAAAUGGGUCCCUAUAUUUAUGUAUUUUUCACUGGAGUAAACGAAUCUGCCCAAACCAACUAUCAUUUUAAAACAAUUCAGGCAGAUUAGAUAGGUAGUAAAUUAUAUAGAUCGUUUUUUUUAGCAUUAGAAAUAAGGUAAACAAUCUUGUCUUUUAAUUGAAAAACACAUUUUCAAAAUACGUUACAGCAAAUAUGUAACAAUUAUAAAUCUAAUACGAUCAUUUAUAUUCUUCUGUUUCAUAAGUAAUAGUCUAAUAGUUACUGAAUUUUAAAAAGCGUUUUUAAUAAAAAGACAUGUCUAGAUCGCUUACCUUCUUUCAAGUUCUUUCUAAUGCUAAAAAAACGUACUAUAUAACUGUAAAGUAUCUGCGAUGUCAACUGGCUAAUAUUCAUCGUUUGUGCCAAGAAAAGGAUAAAAUAUUAAUUAACUAAUUGAGGCUUGUACAGUCAGCAGCAGAAGUUGCUAAGCGGGCCAGGUGUCCAAAAUGAUCUUGACGCGACUUUAUUGUCAAGAGAAUAAGAGCGUGUCAAGGUCAUUUUGAACACCGCGCCCGCUUAGCAACUUCUGCUGCUGACUGUAUCUGUUUUAUGAAUUUUAUGAUUUUUUUAUAUCAAGAAGCGAGUUUACUGCAGUGAAUAAAUACGUAUUCAGGGGAAUUUGUGAAAGAGAGCGUGUUGUGAUCGCCAUCAAAUUGGAAGCAUUAGACUCGUUCAUUUGCAUUUCAUAAUCUGUGUAUAUUGGUAGUAAUAGUACAUUAUUGCAGAGGCCGGGAAAGGGCAAUUCGUGGAUGAGUUUCGAUUUUGUCGGACGACGCGAAGCGGAGUCCGACAAAGAAGACGAAUCCACGAAUUGCUAUUCCUGCCGAGGCAUAUAUAGUGCUUUUCUCCAAACAUGCGAGGAAAUAAGCUAAAAUAAUUAUUAUUUAAGCAUCAAGCAUCACUCAAAUCAAACCUUCACAUCCAAAAUGUCAAAAACAAUUUCCCUCUUUAAUUAAUUUUUAAAAGUUAAAGGCACAAACUUAUUCUGCCAUUCAGUAUCAUUCAAUAUUCGUUCAUUCAAUAUAAUUGCGCAAUAUAGUUUGUCAAACCAACUUUUCAGUCAGUAAGAACCAGGAAAACUACACCCAUCCUUUUCUUUUGGGUGCUAGUACUAGUGUAAGACAAAGAUAGUAUGAUUCUCUUUGUCUAUGUUUGAACUGAGAAAGUCCUUUGACAAACUAUGUAAGCUUUAUGAACACGGAUGAGAUUAAAAAAAAAUAUAAAGAUUAUUAUCUUUGAUUUUAUUAAGCAGUAUUCGCACGAUCAUACACGUGAAAUGAUAGCUGAUCGGGUCGUGUAGAAGCGGCUCGCGGCAAUAAUAAUUGGCUGUUUGCGUUUUUUAUUAUUAAAAAGUAAAAAACACUACAGUAAUAAGUUAUUACUGUAGUGUUUUUUUACUUCCCGUCCGCUAGAACAGGACAGCGAUAGUUUGAUGUUUUUUAGUUAGAGUUUGACAUUAACGAAGAACUUCCCGUACUAUUUUUGCUACAGUAAGGUGAACAUUUCCGAGCAUAUUGGAGAAAAAAUACUUUUCUAAUUGAUUUGGCUUAGCGCCCAUAUACAAUUGAUUUUAUAUUAUUAACUAAUAUUUGCUACAGCUAUUUUAAUCAUGUUUUAUUUAAAUAACGAUAUGAUUUAGCAUCAAUGCAUCGAUGUUACUGGAAGUUAUUCGAAUCUUAAAAUUUGUUGCUAUUUAAGAAUUGAUGGUCGACCCAGUGGAAACGCAGCCUAAACACGGAGAAAGUAUUACAGAAAUAUAUUUCAAUAGUAAUAAUGAAAUAUAUUUGAAUAGUUUUCUAUAUAUAUAAAACUAUCCAAUUAUAGACCGACCGCUUAACUGAGUCCCGCCUGCGCUGCUGCUCAUUUAAGGGGUCAGUCUAUAAACAGCUAUGUUCUGUUUCAAAAAUAAUUUCCGGGAAAAUAUUUCUUUUCUAAGAUUUUGCUGUAAGGCGGCCUUACCAAUGAGGUGCAGAUGAGAGACGUGCGGGAAUAAAUCAAUAGCAUCGGUUCUUUUCUCAGCUCUGCUGGAUUACAACCAAUCUAGCAUCUCCGCCUCAGUGGAACGGCAACCUAAAGCAGACCCAUAUGUCUCAGCUCUGGUCUCAGUAAACCAGUAACUUCGACUAAAGACCUCCCUUUCACACUGGCACAGUCUGAAAGGGACGGAAAGCGUUGAUGUAUGCAACGAAUGCUUCGAGGCGUACAAACUUCGUGUGUGCACGAUACAUGUAAAGUGUUAAGGAUAGCCAUUAUAAAAUAAAUUCUUGGUAAAAAAGCAA